AUGCAGGUGAGAACUCUUAUAGAACCUCGCCCCAUGCAGGUGAGAACUCUUAUAGAACCUCGCCCCAUGCAGGUGAGAACUCUUAUAGAACCUCGCCCCAUGCAGGUGAGAACUCUUAUAGAACCUCGCCCCAUGCAGGUGAGAACUCUUAUAGAACCUCGCCCCAUGCAGGUGAGAACUCUUAUAGAACCUCGCCCCAUGCAGGUGAGAACUCUUAUAGAACCUCGCCCCAUGCAGGUGAGAACUCUUAUAGAACCUCGCCCCAUGCAGGUGAGAACUCUUAUAGAACCUCGCCCCAUGCAGGUGAGAACUCUUAUAGAACCUCGCCCCAUGCAGGUGAGAACUCUUAUAGAACCUCGCCCCAUGCAGGUGAGAACUCUUAUAGAACCUCGCCCCAUGCAGGUGAGAACUCUUAUAGAACCUCGCCCCAUGCAGGUGAGAACUCUUAUAGAACCUCGCCCCAUGCAGGUGAGAACUCUUAUAGAACCUCGCCCCAUGCAGGUAAGAACUCUUAUAGAACCUCGCCCCAUGCAGGUCUUCUUCGACGAUUUUUUUAAGGAUUUCCUGAUCCCUGAGUCGGUGUUCACGGUGGACAAGAGUCGAGUCGGUCCGGCAAGAGAGUCGGUGUUCACGGUGGACAAGAGUCGGUCCGGCAAAGGACGCGUGGUGGUCAAGGCUGUGCAGCUUGGCGCCGGCGACGCGCCGCUCAGAUGCGAGAUUUCCGGCGAAGCUCCGUACUUCCAGACGGACGAACAGUGGGCCAAGAUGGAGGUCGCCGUUGUGCCCUCAGACCCCCCUACCCUCACUGGCGUCGCUGGCUUGUAUCCCCUCAACUCCCCCGCCCUCAUCACCUGCUCGUCGCCCCCCGCUCUGCCCAAACCUGAGCUUGAGUUCCGCGUCAACAAUGAGAAGGUUGACCCAUCUCUCCUCCACGAGCCGCUCGUGCAGCUAAACAACGUGACGAAGCUGUACUCGGUGUCACAAACUCUACGGUUGCGUACAACUCUUUCCGUUGCACGCAAAGGCUACGUCACUGUUCGAUGCUCGGCUUCAGUUCGUGAUCUCUAUUGGAAAAACUCCGAAGUUAAACUCAACGUUGAUGUUCCCGAACAAUUCAGACAGAAACCCGAGUUCCACUUAUUCGGUGGCACCGCAAUGUCAACAUCGUCUCCAGUUUUAUUAAUUUUUCUGGUGACUUCAUCGUUCCUUCAACAUUUCUAGCUCCACUGCACCAGUUACAAUCCAUGGU